AUGACUGCCAACGGAAUAGUGAAUAAGAAAUUACCCUGCAAUACAAUAUGUAAUGUCAUCAAAUGUUGGCAAUGGGAUAUAUCUCCAUUUAUUGAAAAUGUAAAACAGAACAGCACCAAGUAUGCAGUUGUCAUUUUGAAUCGUCCCAUAACUCAAAAACAGGACUUUGUCAAGAGUUUGUGGAAUAAUGCCACAGUCAGAGUGACGGUAGAUGGUGGGACAACUCAUUGGAACAAUUUCUAUAAAAACCUUGUAAAUGAAGACAAAAAGAAUAUCAGGUUGCCUGAUCUAAUAACUGGUGAUUUUGAUUCUAUCACCCAAGAUGUUCUACAGGAGUUUAAAAAGAAAGGUUGUGAGGCUGUGCACACACCUGACCAAAACUACACAGACUUUACGAAGGCCUUAAUAGAAUUGAAUAAUUAUAAUGAACAGCAUAAAACAGAGUUGGAUCACAUUGUAACAUUAGGCCAGAACUCUGGCCGCAUAGACCAAAUUCUCGGCAACAUUCAAACACUUUUUCUGGUCAGAGAAAUGCACAUACUGCCGCCUAAAACAAAUGUGUAUAUCAUGUCUGAUGAUACGGUAUCCUGGCUUCUUUCCCCUGGCGACCAUGUUAUUUUUGUGCCAGAGGAGACCAGGACGUUCAAACGGUCGUGGUGCUCUUUGGUGCCUGUCGGAGAAAGUUGUGACGCGGUUACAACUAGUGGACUUAAGUGGAACUUGAAUAAUCAGCCAUUAAAAUUUGGCUCCCUCGUGAGUACGUCUAACACAUUUGAUCGAUCGGAAGUUGUUAAAAUAAAAUGUAGUCACACUCUACUGUGGUCAAUGAGAGUGCCAAGUUUAACUGAAAAGCAACGUAAGAAACAAAUUUAUUUAUUGAAGUAA